CAUUCAAUUAAUCCUAGAACCACUGUCUAUUAUUACAUUCAGGGGUAUCUAUCACAAAACACAUUGUAUCAGUAUCUAGCGUACACAACGGAAGGUUUAGAGCCUCACUUGCGUCAAGACGUUCAGUUGUGUAAAAUGACCGUAUUUGUUUAGAAAUCCAAUUCAGUUCAGUUACAAAAUCUAAAUACAAUAAAAAAUAGCUAUGGCUGUGGAUAGACUAAGUCAGGCCUGGGCUACCAUCAAACGUAUAGCUGUGUUUGUUCUUCUUGUAAUGUUGGCUGCAGCUAUAGCUGAGGACACGUUCAUUAGAUACCGGGACAAGGUCUGGACAAUAUUCUCGAGCUCUCUAAGGAGCCUGUGGUCAGAUGUGAUCUCAUUCUUUGCACAUGAUGAGUUAAAGCUCUAUAUAGUGGGUACCUUCAUCCUAACCACCGGAGUGUUCUGGUUGUCCAACUUGUUCUUUAUACUCCUUGACCUGACAGGAUGGCCCGCCUGCAUUCUCACGUACAAAAUUCAGCCGGAAUUCCUUCUACUAAUGACAGAUUUCCUGAAAGCACUGAAGGUGGCGCUGUUCAACCAAAUAUUUGUGGGUAUCCCAGUGUUAUCAUGUACAGUCAGUACGAUGAGAUGGAUGGGCUCCACCUGGUCUGCCGAGGAGCUGCCGUCAGUCAACCGCGUUCUGCUGGAGCUAGCAGUGUUUGCUGUGGUGGAGGAGAUUGGCUUUUAUUAUUCACACAGGUUACUACAUCACCCACGGCUGUACAAAUACAUUCACAAAAAGCACCACGAGUGGACCGCACCUGUGGGCAUUGUGUCCAUCUAUGCCCAUCCCGUGGAGCACGUCUUUGCCAACCUGGUACCUCCUGGACUAGGGCCAAUCUUGAUGGGCUCUCAUCUCUUCACCGCCUGGCUAUUUUGGGCCAUCGCCAUUGUCUCCACGACAAUCGACCACAGCGGCUACCGGCUGCCCGUAUUCCUGUCCCCAGAUUUUCACGAUUUUCAUCACUUGAAGUUUAAUACAAACUACGGUGUACUGGGCAUACUGGACAGACUUCAUGGAACGGAUGCCUUGUUUAGAAAACACACACUCGACGAUCGAGACACCAACCCCAAGACGCAAUAACAUUCUCUAGUGUGGACACGUCAAAGAUCCAAAGUGCAAUCUAGCAGGACUAAACAGAAAACAAGGAUACUUGUGCUAAAACAAUGUCAUAUAGGUUUUAGUCUCCCUUGUAUUUCUCGCCUGCACAUUAGUUUAUUAAAUAACUGGCAGUGAUAUGAGUACAUCUAUAACUUUGUAUAUUAUUGUAAGGCUCAAGGUUCUCUAAUUCUUUCUGUCUCUGUCUCCUUCUGUCUCUCUUUCUGUCUCUAUCUCUGUCUCUCUCUCUGUCUCCCUCUGUCUCCUUCUGUCUCCCUCUGUCUCUGUCUCUCUCCCUCUUUUGCUCUCUGUAUCCCUCUUACUCUCUCUUCCCUCCUGUAAUGCUGUUGUUCUCCCGCCUCUACCUCUGUCUUUCUUCCACUAUAUCUCUCUUACCCUAUACUCUCUAUAUAAUAUAAAGAUGUCUAAAUUUACAAUCAUGCAGUUUAUUAAUGAUUAUAUAAUGCAUUCCUCAUUAAUCUUCGGACUCAAUCACAAGCCUUAUAAUUAUUAUCAUAUUAAUCUCUACAUAUUUCCUUAACUAGUAGUAUUAUGUUGAUUACUUUUUCUGUCAAUAAAUCACAACAGAAACAAAACAUUGAGUAACAUUGAAUACAGGGGAGACUAUUGUACAUAUAACGAAAGUGUACAUCACUUCUUGCUGAACAUUCCAACUGGUUGAAGUCUUUGAAAGUAGGAAAAAACGAAAAAACGUAAAGGAUAAUUUGAUUUUGAACUCCAGGGAGGCAUAACUACUUGAAAGGGUUGUUCAAAAUGAUGAGAGUUGUCGCUCUUGAAAUGUUGGAAUGUGGAACCUAAUUUCUGACCCAGCAUAUGGAGGCUUGAAACUGGCAUUCUAUGUGUGUUGUCUUGCAUUUUAAAUUGAAUAUAGAUUUCACGUCAACCAAUACUAAAUUAGUGAACUAUUGUUUGAUGGAUGACUCCUUAAAGUCCGUAUUGAUUAUCUUUACAAUCAAAGAACUGAGAGGGGGAAAAAAGACUUUUAAAGAGCAGUUGCAGUUGCAGGUGACGUGUUCGUGUCUUACGGUACUAACAGUGCCCACACCUUUAUGUCUAUUGAACGAGUCUUGAACCUAACGGAGCGGGGGAGAGAGAAGGUUUCACAUAAAAACAUGAACAGCAAAAAUAUAAGUAAAGAAACAAUACCAACCUCAUUCACUGUUCUCUUAUUAUUUUUUACAUCAACUUGUAUCAACUCACUCUGUCCGGUACAAAAUCUUGAACGUUAUUUCUCCCAUUUCCCAAUUUCGGAUCACGUAAAAACUUUGCACGAUCACUCAUUGUCGUUGACAACACAUGAAAACACAAGGAGGAAAAUGUUGCAGUAUUUAGAGGUAUGGCAGUAAUUUCGUUGUACUUUGUACCUAACGUGUAUUUUUUUAAUUUUUUUUUUGUUUUACUUAGUCCUGAUGUUAUGAAGUGAGUGUGAGUGUGUGUGUGUGUGUGUGUGUGUGUGUGUGUGUGUGUGUGUGUGUGUGUGUGUGUGUGUGUGUGUGUGUGUGUGUGUGUGUGUGUGUGUGUGUGUGUGUGUGUGUGUGUGUGUCAAAUGAAACUUUCAGAAAGAUUGUUACUGAAAAGUAGAUAAAGGGGGGGGGGAGAAAGGAAGAAGGGAGGAGACAGAAGGCGGGAACUACGUGAUUAAUGUAUAUAUUGAAAGCAUUCUUUUUAAACUGAGUUUAAAUAAAGGUUAAACAUCAUUUGAUAUCUUGUAA